GUGUAUAUUUUCAAACCCAAACACUUCUUUGUUCUCCAAAAGUGAAGUCUACAGCUUCGAGGUAUUUGAUUUUUUUCAUCAUUCAUGCAAUUGCAAUUCAGGAAUCAUGGACCCAGAAACCACUGCAAAAUUUGAAAGAAGACAAUCCGAACAAUCAGAUCAUUAUGGUGCCCAUGAAGAAGUCCGUCAAUCCUACAAGACAGUUAUUCAAGAGAGGGAUGACCUAAGACAAUAUGUGAGUGAGCUUGAGGAACAGGUACUACCCCGCUUCGAUGUAAAUGGCACAAAUCUCGCGGAGAUAUUUGUUACCCAAAAGAACAAAUAUCUUGAGCGAGUGAAACAUCUCGAAGGCGCUACAGCCGAAGCCGAAACCGAGCAGUCUUAUGAAAUUCACAGAGCGCAGCGAGAGAAGACUGGGCUACAGCAUCAAUACGAUGAGCUACACCAACGAACGUUUGGACAAAACGGAUACAGGGAUCGAUUGGAAAGUGCGCAUGUUGCGCUCGAACUGGCAAAUGAUCCUCUACCUCCCGAUACUGUGGAACUUGCCAGGCAAUUAGCGCAUGCAAAGAAAGAGAGGGAUGAGUUCGAUCACGAGGCACGUAGGUUGGGGUCAUGGGCCGAAGAGUUGAAACUUAAUUGGAAUGCUUCAAUGAGCGACGUUGAAGAAUUAAGGAAGCAAAAGGCCGAAUGGACAAAUAUACAAGAUAAUUCGAUUGCUUUGCAGGAAGCCAACAAGGAAAUUGAACGAUUACGGGGGGUGAAGGAGAUAGAGGAUUCUUACCUCGUGGAGGCAUCAAAGCGACAGGUUUCACGGCUACAAGAAGAAAAGAUUGCCUGGGAAGAAGACCGAAUGAAGUUGGAGGAUCGCACUGCAGAAUUAUCGCUAACAAUAAGAACUCUGGAGGACAUGUUGGCUGCUUCAGAGGCUCAGCAUCCGCCUGGUGUACAAAUGGCCGAUAUAGGCAGUAGCGAAGCGGUACGCUCAUCAGGAUCAGAAAUCCUCGGAGAUGCCGUCUGGAGACAAUGGUCGGAGAGGUUAUGGAAUCAUAUCCAAGCCAAGCCUCAAGCAGUAGAAGGUCUCUUUAGUCUAGCUGCAGCAAAUUUGUAUCGGCCUGGGGGCGCACUACCAGAUGUAGACCCGGGACCUGAGAGUCCACGUCAACAAUUCCCAGGUGUAACUUGGGUCAAAGAAUUGAUUGAACUAGCUUGUAAUCGACCAGUCGCUCCAUUUGUUGAAGAAAGCACUUGGAGAGAAUGGGCAAAUGAAAUAAAUGAUUUUGUUCUGACUGUACCUCGCGAGAUAUCUGCGUUGUAUCAGUUGGCCGAAGAAGGACAACAAUUAGCAGGUGCAGAAUGGAUUCGUCAACUCAUUGCAUAUGCUACCCAAUUACCUUCCCACUCGGAGCAUCCACGUACCCUCAAAGAAUAUCAGCUCAGCGCUAAAGUUAAGGAGACUGAGGCCCGAAUCGAAGAGCUCGAAAGAGGCGAAGCGGAUAGAGAUGAAGCAAUCGGUCAUACUCAAUUUCUGAAUGCCACCAACCUGGCACUUGAACAGGCACUUGAAAAAGCAAACAACAAAUUCGCAGAUAAAGAGCAGGAGCUGGAUGGAAUAGCGGGCCAAUUUGAAGAUGAAAUAGAACAAUUGAAUAGGCAACUCAAAGAAUCAUAUGAGCAGAAAAAUCUUUUCAAAGGCUUAUACGAAUCGAAAAAUGAAGCUCGGGAGGAAAAGGAUGAAAUCAAAAAAUUGAAACAUGAUCUCAAAACGGCGUACGAAAGGGGGAAUCAUUUUAUAAAGGUCUCUGAGAGAGGAAAGGUACUUUCAGAUGAACAUGAGGAUGUUUGGAAGCAGAAGUUUGAUAAGGAAGUUGAGGGCGCAGAUAGGCAUGCAGCUGGCUUGGUUGAAGAAGCAGAGACAUUACAGGGGAGAUUAAAUGGAGCGCAUGGGGUUAUCGCCCAAUUAGAAAAUGAGGUCAAUGAGUUGCGAAGCCAACUCACUGAAAGGAAUGCAGUCGAUAGCGGCUCAGGUCAAAGUAUAGCUGUUACCGCGCCCUCUGAAGCCCCUGAAAAUACACCCUCAAGUCACACUCUUUCCGAAGAAAGAGAAUCCGUAUCCGAGGAGCUCAAAAUCGUAAAGACGGAUCUCUAUAACACGCUCGAAGAAGUGGAAGAACUUAGACUUAAGCUUGGCUUUGCAGAUCGUGCAUUUAUGGAUAUGAAGGAAGAAUUUGAGAAGAAGAUUAAUACUAUUGAGAAUAAUGCGAAAGAGGAGGUCACAGAAAAGGAAAGGAUUGAGGAGAAAUUAAAGAUUGCGGAGGAGAGGUUUGAGAGGGGAGUUGAGGCUGAGGUCCGGAGGUUGGAGGAGGAGAGGAUUCUAAAAGGGAAAGGGAGAAAAGCUGCACCCGGAGCACUCAAACCUAAAACCAAAGCUACAGGAGCAGAAGAGCUUGAAAGCCCUCCGAUCUCACCGGUCGAAAGUCCGCCGGUGAGUCCGGAUAUUCUAAUGAAGGGCGAUCCUGAAUAUCUUGGCCCAAAGGAGAAGAAGGGCAAGGCUAGGAAUAAGAAGAUUCAAACUGAUGAAUUAUCGGAGGUUGGAAGUGAGGGAGCGACGGGAACGAGGAGGAGUACGAGGGAGACCAGGAAUAAGAUGCCGGUGUAUAGGGGGCAGUCUUUGAAUGUACUUUUAGGAAGGAUAAAGAGUUCAGCUGGGAAGAAGAGAAAGGCUGGGGAGAAGGUCAAGGAGGGCGAAGUGGUUGAAGGUGAUGUAGGAAAUGAAGAGCUGGGCGAUGCUAAAGAUGGGGUCAGUGCCAAGGUUAAGAGGAGGGGGAGUAAAAUGGUGUGAAUUUCGGUUUUAGUUAUUUAAAUGGGAGCUCCUUGUAGUCAACGUUCAAGCAAAUUGAGUUUAUAACAAGAACAAAGAUUGUUACUAGCAAGAAAGGUUGUUCGACAAUGAAACAACAAGUUAAUCAUCGACAAUCUAGGCUACAACAAUGAAAACAAUAUCUAUUGUCCAUCA